CAGGUAAACAUUACGUGGCACACAAGCACACAUGCUACAUUCAUGCCUUUCAUAUCAAAAUAUUAUACCACAUAGAUAUUUGAGGGAAAAAUAAUGUGAUUCAGCGUAUAUGGAGCAAGGAAUUAAUAUAAAAGUUGAAAAAUAACUCCCGUGAAGUGCGGCGGGCCAGCUGAUGUGACAGGUAAACAAUCAUGGAGAACGGGGCGGAUCCUGCGGCGGCUCCGGGGCUCCAGGCCGGCGAGGGGCAGGCCGGGGCGGGCGAGCAGGCGGAGAUAGUGAACGAGGAGAUAACGAACAAGGAACACCAGACAGAGGAGCCCCCCAUAAAGCCUGCUGAGAACGGCCUGCAGGUGCACUGGGGCUUCUCCCUGCCGGACCUGUACCGGAUCGCCCUCAAGUUCUACAAAGAGAAAGAGGGCAAGGCAGUUCACCUGGGCUAUGCGGAGAAGUGCGCUUUUGUCGGGCUGACGCAGCAGGUGACCCAUGGUCCAUUUGAUCCCACCUCAUCGCCUCCCAUUGGUGUUCUGGACGUGGUGGGCAAAGAUAGGAGGUUGGCCUGGCAAGCACUUGGGCCCAUGACAAGAGAGGAAGCCAAGCAGCAGUUUAUUAACAAACUCUCAGAUCUUGUGCCAACCUUCCGCCCGUACGUGGAGGCUAUGUGGGCGGACAAACUGGAGAAGGAGAGACUAGCGAAAGAGGAAGAGGAAAGGCAAAAAGAAGAGGAAGAAAGGAGAAAAUUGGAAGAGGAAGAACAAAGAAAGGAGGAGGAAGAGAGGAAAAAGCAAGAGGAGACAAAACGACAGAUCCAGGAAGCACUCAACCAACAAACAUACGACCAGUUCAGGAAGUACGCCGAACAACAGUAUCCAGGCAACCCUGAACAGCAAGCAGUUCUGAUUCGGCAGCUGCAGGAUCAGCACUACCAGCAGUACAUGCAGCAGGUGUACCAGCAGCAGCUCCUCCUUCAGCAGCAACAACAGCAACAGCAACUGCAGCAGCAGGAACAACCUGAACUCCCCCACCAUAACACUGAGGAAGUGAAUGAACAGGGUGGCCAGGACAGCCAGACUGAUGGAGGAGAGGAGAGCCCUGGCCCUGCAGAGAAUGGCCAUGACUCUGAGGGAGAAGGUGACUCAGAGGAGGAUGAGGAUGAAGACUCAUGCCAAAAUGUUGCUCCCGCCUCCAUGUGGACCAGAAGAGACAUUCAGGACUUCAAGGAGUCCAUCAAGCGGGAGGGAGGAGACUCUGUCAUCAAAGUGGGCCAUGGAGAGACUGUAACCGUUCGGGUCCCCACUCAUGAGGACGGGACGUGCCUUUUCUGGGAGUUUGCAACAGACAGCUACGACAUCGGCUUUGGUGUGUACUUCGAGUGGACGAAGGACGCCAGCAAUGUAGUCUCUGUCCACAUAUCAGAGAGUGAGGAUGAAGAAGAGGAAGAGGAGGCUGAGGUCGAGGGAGAUGAUGUAGAGAGGCUGGCGGGGAGGAAGGGUGAGAGUGGCCGCCCAGCACAGUCCGUCAUCAUACCAGUCUACCGCCGGGACUGCUACGAGGAGGUGUAUGCCGGCUCCCACUCUUACCCUGGCACCGGGGUUUACCUCCUCAAGUUCGACAAUUCCUACUCCUUGUGGCGCAGCAAGACCCUCUACUACCGUGUCUACUACACCAGGUGAGGCUGCCAUGCUACUAUCAGCAUUUUCCCAGCCCCUGUCAGCCCCAGCACACCCCUACCCUGGCACCGGCAUUUACCUCCUCGAGUUCAACAAGAUCUCUUGCCUGUGGCACAGCAAAAUUCUACCACCAUCUCUAAAACAGAGUGAGUCUUCCCUGCUGUGUCCUGCCCUGCCUUCCUGCAGGAAGUCAGCCAGCACCCUGACCCAUACCUGAGGGUUGGUCACUCGUGUGAAAGGAUUAUACCAAUCUUCUUGCCUUUCAUAUAACAUGAAGAAUACAUUUCAGCCAGCAUUGUAAUAAAAGAUUUUCAAGCCAUUUAUGUUGCUUCCACAAGUAUGUUGUGGAUUAUUACAUAUAUUUUUCUGUGUAUGUAUUGCUUUGUUGUGGCAUGUAGAGCAGAAUUGAUCUUGAGGUUCAAAUCAAAUCUUGAAGUUUCAAAUACAAUGAGUAAGUAAAUUUGUGGUGUAAAAUUGUAUGCAAAUAUGAAAUAACUAGGCUCAACAAUAUGGUGAUUUUGCUUUCUAUGUCUAAACAUGCUUUAUAAACCUGAAAACUUUUCUUCUCUCCCCUUCUGUCCUCUCCUCUCUGGUUGACUCAACAUGCAAAGAGCUCUGUAGUGUAGGUCUGGCACACAUUUCCAGCCCUUCAUGGUUCAUACUGGGCUUUGAUUCACCCAGUUGCUUGAUUCAUGAAACGAAUGCCCAGCUAUUGGGUAAAUGCCGCAGUAAUGCAGAUUGGAGAGCUUAAGGUUUCUUUUCUAAGUCUCAAAAAGCUUCCUUUUACAAGUUUUCUCAACAAAAUACUUUCUACUUGGCUGUCAUUUGCUACAAUGUCACAUGUAUGUACAAAUUUCCUCUUUCUUCUUCCCUCUUCUCAGUACCAGAAACACUGCUGAAGCAUCUGUUUGAGCCGGGCCAUCAUCUCAUAAUAACCCUUCACCUGCGGAACUAACCAAGAGGCAGCUGAAGUGAAUUUGUAUAUAUAGAUAAUAUAUGAAGGUAUUUUUAUGUCCCUCACACCACCUGAUGGCUGUCUCAGGCUCUCACAUCUCCACUUUAGUCAUGGUUUUAUAAACACUGUUCACUGUUGUGCCGAUGGAAGCUUUUUUGGCUUAUUUAGAUUUUUUGCAUUUUUAGAGAAAAUCAUGAUAAUAGUAAGUAUUCUACAAUAUGAAAUUUUCCAGAAGGUUGGGCACUUUACAGGCAAUGAUAUACAAUUCACACGGACACAUUCACUGUGAGUGUAAUUAUAAAAUUGCUAUUCUUUUCCCACAAAUUUUUUGGCCUCAUUUUCACUGUCCUGCUUGAAAUUGAUCUGAUGCUUGAAAGUUUUUUUUUUUUUUUUUUUUCCCCCAAGUGUGUUUCCUUUGUAAAUCCAUAUUUGCUGCUUGUGUUGUUGUCUGGUGCAUGCACAAAACCAGUGCUUCCAUGUAGAGGAGCUCAAGGGCUUGGCGUUUAUGCUGCCGGGCUCAUGAUUAGCUUUGCUUUGAGCUGUCCUACUCCUUGCAGCACUCCACAGACUUGAUCUGAUUUUUGAUACUUCCAGAGGCAAGAAUUUUUGAGAAACAAACACUUCCUCCUUGUUGUGAACUGUGACAACUUCCAGUAACAAGAAACCAAGGGUGAACUAAGCUUUUUUCCUGAAGGCACUUCCUUCAUGUGUGGUUUUAUUAGAAGUUUUUAAGCUUUGCAAUGUUUUCCUGAAAAUUCAUGGAGUAUGAAAUGAAAACCUUUUUAAAAUGUAGAAGAUGAUGGUAC